AUGUACAUUUCAAGUAUACGUUGGUGUCGAAAUGUGUUUGCUUUGAUGGUCAUCCUCAUCUGUUUCGCCACAAAGUCUAUACUAUCCAUAUCAAAAGUCACAGAACCACAGGAACCUACGGCUCCUGGAUCUCCUAUUUCAGCACAUUUAAUGAGCCCUGGACCACACGGUACCCUCGUCCGUCCAGAGGGUGGAAAGUUGAUCAAGAGCGUUGGAAAUAUGGGAGUUUUGUAUGUGGAUUACACUAAAUGUGAUGAUGAUGAAGAAGAUGGUGCAACAACAAUCUCGAUUGAUGUGUUUCUUCGACCUACGGAAGAUAAUGAUGGAUAUUCAAUCACAUUGGCGCGUGGUAUUACCUCUCCUAGUGAUGAACCUAAUAUUGUCGCUUUGUUCAGCUCACCCUUGGCAUGUGGAAGUUACCGUCUUGUGAUACGCGAAAAUCAAUUUUACAAAGGAGAACUUUUUUCUUUUCAAUCAGCCGCGCCUUUGGUUCAUAUUCGUUGUAUUCCAAUUGAAUAA